CGUCGGCGUCGGCGUCGGCGUCAGCGCAGGGCCGCCGCCCCGGCCCGCGUCCUCAUGGACCGCUCCGGCGAAUUCCAGAAGUGGAAGACGCAGAGCCUGAACAAGGCGGACCUGAGCCGGAAGGGCAGCGUGGACGACGACGUGGUGGAGCUGGUGCGGCUCCUCAACGGCCGCGAGCAGUUCUUCACCACGAGCUCCUGCGCCGGCCGCAUCCUGCUGCUGGACGGGAGCAUCAAUAGCUGUGAAAUCCAGAAGCAGAAUUGUUCCUGGCUGCUGGUGACCCACCGGCUUUGUGCUAAGGAUGACGUGCUCUCAGCUCUGAAGAAAGCCAAAGGGGACGCUGUGCUGAAGUUCGAGCCCUUCGUCCUUCACGUCCAGUGUCGGCAGCUGCAGGAUGCCCAAGUCCUGCACUCGGUGGCCAUCGAGUCUGGAUUUAGGAACUCUGGCAUUACAGUUGGAAAAAGAGGCAAGACGAUGCUGGCUGUCCGUAGUACCCAUGGCCUGGAAGUCCCUUUGAGCCACUACGGAAGACUUAUGGUGACUGAGGAAUAUAUUGAUUUCUUGUUGAAAAUAGCGAAUCAAAAGAUGGAAGAAAACAAGAAAAGAAUUGAAAGGUUUUACAGAUGCCUCCGGCUGGCCCUGGAGAGGGCAGAAGCCGGUGGUCUGCAACCCGAGGCAGAAAAGACGACUCCUCCCGUGUACACUCACAGGAGGAAGAGGAAGACAGGAAAGGCGCAUGGCCAGCGCAGCUCUCCAGAGGGACGGACAGACUUCGCAAGUGACGAGGACAAUGCAGAAAUCAGUCUCAGCUUUUUCCCUGAAAACUAUUAAUAUUUGACUUUAAAAUGCCUUUGCAAUCUUGCUCUUUAUAAGAGUGAUUUCUUUUGCUAAGCUCUGAAAUCAAUUCAUAAAAGAAACAGUUACCAGUUA